AUGGUCAAGCUACCAACCCUCCUGGCCAGUCUGGCCAGUCUCGCCCUCAUCACCCCAGCGGCAUCCCAGUUCCCGCCUAAGCCAUCAGGCGUCAAGGUUCUCCGAUCCAAGUUUCACGAAAACGUCACGAUAUCAUACAAGCAGCCGCAGAUAUGCGAGCCCGAGGAGUUUGCCAAGUCGUAUUCCGGCUAUGUUCAUCUCCCCCCCGGGCUGGUGGAUGACGUCGAUGGUGAGAAGCAGGAUUAUCCGAUAAAUACAUUCUUCUAUUUCUUCGAAGCGAGGAACAACCCCGAGGAAGCCCCCUUGGCCAUAUGGCUGAAUGGCGGCCCCGGCGGAUCAUCCAUGUUCGGCCUCUUCCAGGAGAACGGUCCCUGUCUGGUGAACCGCGACUCGCAGACGACACGGUUCAACCACUUUGCUUGGAACACGCACGUCAACAUGCUGUACAUCGACCAGCCCAACCAGGUGGGCUUCUCGUACGACGAGUUGACCAACGUCACUGUCACUUCGACGCCUGACCAGGACACCGUCACUGCGCCAGCCAACUUCUCUUCUCCUUCCUCCCUCGGCGAUCAUGGCAUACCGCCCCAGGGCCUCCCCGAGACAAAUGCCACGUACCGCUUCGGCACCACGGGAAGCAACAAAGUCUCACGCACGGCCAACAGCACCGCCCAGGCGGCACACGCCCUGUGGCACUUCGUUCAGACGUGGACGAGCGAGUUUCCCCACUACGGGCCCCGCGAUGGGCUCAUCAACCUCUGGACCGAGAGUUAUGGAGGACACUACGGUCCCGGAAUCAUGCGCUUCUUCCAGCUGCAGAAUGAGAGGAUAGACAACGGGACUAUCGGCCCAGAGGAGCAUGCUCAUCAUCUUCAUCUAGAUACGUUGGGUAUCAUCAACGGGUUCAUGGACUCGGCUAUCCAGGGCAAGGCGUACAUUGACUUUCCCCAUAACAAUACAUAUGACAUCCAAGUCUUUGACGACAACCUCCACUCGGAGCUCCUCUACAACUGGACACGGCCCGGCGGCUGUCUAGAGCAGACGCGCGAGUGCGAGUCGCGCCUGGCGUCUUUCGACGCUGCCUCGGUGAACCGCGGCCUCGUCCCCGUCAGAGACGUGUGCGACACGGCAUCCUGGUGCGAGGACCACGUCAUCGAGGCGUACGUAUCGGGCGGUCAAGCCGGCUGGUUUGACGUCGCCCACCCUUCCGCCGACCCCUUCCCGGACCCCUACCUGCAUGGCUACCUUUCACAGGAGCGCGUGCUGUCGGAGUUGGGCGUGCCCGUCAACUUCUCCGCCUUCUCGCCGCCGGUGGCCGCCGGUUUCGCGUCUACUCAUGACAGCGUCCACGGCGGCUUCCUCAACGCGAUAGCCCACCUGCUCGACAGCGGCAUCAAGGUACACCUUAUCUACGGCGACCGCGACUACGCGUGCAACUGGAUCGGCGGAGAGGCCGCCAGCCUGGCCGUCCCCUACUCACGCCGCGAUGACUUUGCCGCCUCGCCCUACGGUCCCUUCACCACCGGUAGCGGCCACGGCGGCCUGUCCGGCAUCACGCGCCAGCUUGGAAACUACAGCUUCACCCGCGUCUUCCAGGCGGGCCACAUGGUCCCAUCGUACCAGCCACGCGCAGCGCACGAGCUCUUCCAUCGCGCCACCUUCAACCUCGACAUGGGACUCGGCAUCUUCCCGGUGCACGACGGCCUGGAGAACGACAUCGGCUCCGACGCUGUCCAUCGUUGGAUGAAGAACACGCCCCCCGCUAGACCUGAGCCCGAGUGCUAUGUCCUCUAUCCUUCAUCCUGCACACCCGAAGUCUGGGCUAGGGUGAUCGCCGGGGAGGCCAUCAUAAGGGAUUACAUUGUCGUUGGGUUCCAGGGUGGUGAUGAAUUGUAG